AUGAAUAUCAUUAAGGCCUUUAUAAUUAGAAAUUAUAGAUUUAAUAAGCCAAUAAAUAAAAGCUAUAUUCUCUUCGGAAUAGUAUUUGCUAUAGGCUUUGCUAAAUUUCUAAAUGAUAAAAAUUAGAAGAAAAAGAAUUCUGAAAUAUUAAAAAAUAAUGAUUAAAAAAAUGAAUAAAAUAAUGAUUAACAUAAUGAUUAAAAUAAUGAUUAACAUAAUGAGACUGUAAAUGAAAAUAAAAUAUAAAAAAUAAUAAAACCUUAGGUUUAAUUACAAGACAUAAAAAAAAGCUAAUUGUUAGAUUAAAUUUAUGAUCAAACAUUAAGAGCCAGAGAUGUACCUGAAGAGUUCAAAUCAUUUAUAAGUGAUGAAAAAUAAUUAGAUUUUUUACUUGAUGAAUAUGGAAUGAAUAAUGAAAAAAUACAAGAAUAAUUAACAAAUCACUUGAAAGGUAUGAGAAGAGCAAGAGGAGAUGGUAAUUGUUUCUAUACAUCUUUUGGAUUUCAAUAUCUAAGAUAUAUAUUUAUUAAAUCAUCAGAUUAACAAUUUGAAGAUUUCAUAAAAAUGGUCUAAUAACUUCCUUUUUCAGUAAUACAUUCUGAUUAAAUGUAUGAAUAAAAUGAGGAAAUGAAUUAAAUAUUUAUUGAUUAUUGUUAAUAUAUUAGAGCUAUUGAUUUAGAAAGUAGAGAAUAAGAGUUUAUAAAACUAUUUUCAAACCCUGAAGGGUAAUUCUAUGGUUUAUGUAUAAUAUUUUUAAGAAAUAUAAUAUAUAAGUUGUGUUUGGAAGAUGAAGAAACUAAAAUGGUUUUUGAGGUUAUUGAAAUGAAUUUGUAAUAAUAAAUUUUGACUUGGGAAUUUGAUUGUGAAAAUAAUCAAUCGAUUAUUAAUUUAUUAUCUAGAAAAUUAUUAAUGUAAUUUAUUUUUUUAUAUUAAUUUAGUGAUAUUAUCUUAUAUUAUGUAGAUGAAGAUGCUCGUGUAUUAAAAGUUUAAGAAUAUAAAAAUGAAAAUGAAUAAAUUUUACUCCAAGUAAAUUUACUUUUUAGACCAGGACAUUAUAAUGUGGCUAUCCCUAAUCAUUGA